AUGCCAGCCAGCGCACCGCCCACCUGCAGCCCGCGCUCUGCCUUUGCUGAUCCGUGCGCCGCCACUGCAGCCCUGCUGCUCCGCUUCUCCUGGCCUGCUCUCUGCCCUGCAGUCCGUGCUCUGCUUUGCCACCUGCGCGCUACUCUCACCUGCGCUGCACUCAUGGCGACUCUCAAUGUCCUCGCUUUCGAUCCUGACGGUCGCCCGAUAGAGUUUGCCACUUGGCUCGACGACCUGCAACUGUUUCUUAUGACUGAUGCCAAAGACGGAGUUUCACUGUUCGAUUACACGUCUGGCACUUUCGUUGCUCCUGCUGACACUGCUGCCGCUCUCGACCACUCACAGUGGCAGAGUCGUGAUGCUACUACGCGCCUCGCUAUUCGCAACUAUCUGCCAAUCACUGAGCGCGCGCACUUUAGUCAGCACAAGACUGCCAAGGCACUGUAUGAGGCUGUAGUUGCUCGCUACUCUUCCCCAGCCACUGCACCCAUUGGUCGUCUUAUGCUACCCUACCUGUUCCCCGACCUGUCCUCGUUUACCACUGCUGAGGACCUCAUCUCUCACCUGCGCUCUAGUGACGCUCGCUUUCGUGCCGCCCUUUCAGACGAGUUCCUCGCCGAGAAUCACCCCCCGAUGUACUUUACCCUCUACUUCCUCGUCACCCGCCUCCCUGACACUCUUCGCUCAGGGUGCUCCCCCUCCCCUCUUGUCCCCUCCUACGCCUCUGCUGCUGCUGCUCUCGACUACCUUGGUGCUGAGGAGGUCGGGGCUGCUUCUGCUCCUAGUGGGAAGCGUCACAGUGCCAGGGGCAACAGGGGUGGCAGGGGAGGUGGAGGUGGCGGUGGAGGGGGCGGUAGUGGAGGCGGUGGGGGAGGUGGAGGUGGUGCGGGUGGUCGUGGGGGUGGAGGUGGUGGUGGGGGUGGCGGUGGUACUGGGAGCAGUGGAGGAGGCAGCGGCGGUAGUGGGGGAGGAGGGAGUGGUAGUGGCAGCGGUGGUGGGGGCUGGAGUGGAACCGGCCAGAAGGGGAGCUCCAGUGGUGGCCAGGGACAGAAGCAGCAGAGGCAGCAGAAGUAG